AGCAACCGGGCUCCGAGCCAAUGUCUCGCCCGAACAAGUGGCCUUCCCUGGAGUUCUAGUCCCACCAGCCGGUCUCGGCUCUUCCCUGUCCGUCCACGGUUCUUCCUUAUCAUUUCCGCUUCUCCCCUCCACUGGUUCCGAUCUCGUCCAUGGUGUGUGUCCUCAAGCGCUGAACCGGCUCCUAGAAUGUGUACUCGUGGUUUCCGCCUGGGAACCAACCUCUGUCGCCUGUGGCCCACCCUCCCCGGGCUCAGGUGGCUGCUGGGGCUGGGGCUGCUCCCGGGGCUUAAGGCCGCCCGCUGCGCGGCUUUUUAUCUUCCCGCGUUGGCUCAGGUCAACUUCUUCGAGGCAGACUGAGAGACUGCUACCUGCAAGUCAUCAGUAGCACUAUUUGUAAAUAGAUUGGACUCAGUGGAAUCUGUGCUACCUUAUGAGUAUAAUACUUUUGACUUCUGUCAAGACUCCGGAAAGAAAAGCCCUUCUGAAAAUCUUGGACAAGUACUAUUUGGAGAACAAAUAACAUCAUCUCCUUAUGAGUUUGCAAAUAGUUUCUCCCAGUCUGUGACUUGUAAACGUGUAAAAGUUUGUGUAAAAUCUUAUGAUACAGCAAAUGAAAAUCAAAAGAAAAAGCUGGAAGCCCAAAAACUGGAUUUCUUGAAGAGAGGAAUAUAACUGAAUUAUCAACAUCACUGUUGUGUUUGGAUUAUUGAUAAUAUGCCAGUGAUAUGGUGUCAUGAUAUGGAAGAUGGAAAAAAGUACUGCACACCAGGAUUUCCAAUAGGAUGUUUUAUUACCCAACGUGGCAUAUUGAAAGAUGCUUGCAUUAUCCAUUCUGAAUUCAACAAAAGUAAUACUUUCUACCUCUUCAGCCAUGUCGAUAUUACCAUUACAUAUCACGGGGAAAGUGAAACAAAUUGGGGUAUUGUAAGAUUGGUUAUUGCUAGACUUGAUCCCAAAAGCUAUAAACAUUCAGAUGAAAACCACCUAACUUGUGAUGGACCCCCUAUGGAAAUUCCUGGAGAAUAUACAGAUAAGUUGAAUGUAACCUACACUUACUCUGUGAAAUUUGAAGAAAGCAAACAUAUCAAGUGGGGUUCUAGAUGGGAUUAUAUUUUGGAGUCCAUGUCUCAUACCAGCAGCAUUCCGUGGUUUAGUAUUGUGAAUUCCAUUGUUAUUGCUGUCUUCUUAUCUGGAAUGGUGGCUAUGAUCAUAUUAAGGACUCUCCAUAAAGAUAUUAUCAGAUAUAAUUAGAUGAGUUUUCCCGAAGAUGCCCAGAAGGAAUUUGGUUGGAAGCUGGUUCAUGGGGAUGUAUUCAGACCUCCAAGGAGUAGAAUGUUGCUGUCAGUUUUCCUGGGUCGAGCACAAGUUUUGAUUAUGACAUUUAUUACUUUAUUUCUGGCUUGCCUUGGUUUCCUUUCCCUUGCCAAUCGAGGUGCUUUAAUGACCAGUGCUAUUCUGUUAUGGGUCCUUCUGGGAACCUCUGCUGGAUACGUAUCUGCUAAGAUGUAUAUGACAUUUAGAGGUAUUAAGUGGAAGACAAAUUUUUUGCUGACGGCACUACUGUGUCCUGGUAUCCUCUUUGCUGACCUCUUCAUCAUGAAUCUAAUUCUUCGGGUGGAAGGGUCAUCAGCUGCCAUCUCCUUUGGUACCCUGAUAGGUAUCCUCACAAUGUGGUUUGGAAUUUCACCCCCACUAUCAUUUUUGGGUGCAUACAUUGGAAGCAAGAAAAAGUUUAGGUAUCCAGUUUGCACAAACCAGAUUCCCCGUCAGAUUCCUCAACAGACUUUCAUUAGAAAAGGCCAAGUCUUUGGCCUCAUCAUCAGUGGCAUUUUACCUUUUGGCUGUAUUUUUAUUCAACUCUUUUGCAUUCUAAACAGUAUUUGGUCUCAUCAGAUGUACUUCAUGUUUGGCUUCCUUUUCUUAGUCUUUAUAAUUCUCCUGAUUAUUUGUUCAGAAGCUACCGUUUUGCUGUGUUAUUUUCAUUUGUGUACUGAGGAUUAUCAUUGGUGGUGGAGAGCCUUUUUUACCAGCAGUUUUACAGCUGUUUACCUUUUUUUGUAUGCAGUUUAUUACUUCUUUACCAAACUUCAAAUCACGGGCAUUGCAAACACCAUUUUGUACUUUGGGUACACGAUGAUCAUAGUCUUGAUUUUCUUCCUUUUCACAGAAGCUUCUUAUUCUGUUUUACACUGCGCUAGACCCUGCGCUAGGUGCUGGGGACGUAGUGGUGAAGAAGACAGGGACACUUGGAUUUUUUUCCUGCUUCUGUUUUAUUACUAAAAUCUACAGUGUGGUGAAAGUGGAUUAAAGAAUGUCCCCAGAGGCUUCCAUGCACAUCACCCUUGCUUUUGAAUAUAUAUCUGUAGCUAUAUGAACAUCUAUAGAGAUAUAUAUGUAUGCUUCCAAUUGCAUGUUUUUAAUAUCUAUCAAUUUAAAAACCUCAUUGUCCGGCCUCAGUUUGUAUGACACAAAAUACGAUUGUAUGGACAAAAAAAAAAAACAGGUUGGAAGGUAGGUUCAUUCUAAGUAAUAUUUUCCUGAAACAAUACCAUAAUAGGGUUUGAUUUAAAGCAAUUAGAACAAAGGAAGCACAUUUCCUUAAAAAAUUAAAGUUGAGUAGACUGGAUUUUUGGAUGAAAAGUUUUUUCCUUUUUUUCUUCUUCAUCUGCUUAGAGCAUCUGAACUACUGUCAAAUAACUCUUAGGUAAAAUGUGAAAUUUUCCAAUUUAAGUUGAUUGUACAAACUAUAUUACACCUUUGUAUCUGGGUGAUCACUUAAAAAAUAUGCAUUGGUUUAACAUAUAGAAUUUAUGGAAUACCAGAUACUGCUGUCUUAUUCCUCAAUUAAAUCGGCACAUUUCUGGUU